GGGAGUGCCUGGACGCCGCUCAGAGGGCUUUGUACAAGGAUGUGAUGUUGGAGAACUACAGGAACCUGGUCUCCGUGGGUGAGGAUAACUUGCCUCCAGAAGUCGUCAGCCCUUUUGUUCUCUGGAGCCCUGACCUUAUUGUGUCCAGGAUCGUCUCUGCACGCUGCAGAAGGAAUACACAACUGUCCAAAAUGACAAGAUACCUAUAAACUAUUGUAAACUGUUAGACAAUGUGUAGUUACUUUUUAAUUCACUCCUUGCAGAGAUUUAAGCCCUGGAAGGGGCAGUCACAUAAUAGAGAGGAUGUGAAAAGCAAAUGCAGCCAGCACCACCUUCAGAAUUUCCACAGGAAACAGAAGAGGAGCUAUUAACUGGCACAUUUCCUAUUAAAAAGUAUUAAGAGUGUAUAUGACGCUGCUGAAAACGUGAAACACUAGUGGCUGAAUUUGCUUGCACCAUUUACGUACAGAACAGAAAUCCUUAUCAUAUGUUUGUGGAAAUACUUCAAAACCAGAAUGUCAUCAGUACUAGGAAAAGUUAAAUCUCUCUGAAGGAGUCCACCUUUUAGAAGCUUCCUUAUCUGCCCUUGACACCAACCAAUCAGAAACAGAAAAAAAAAAAAAAAGGAUCAGUUAAAAUAUCUAAUUUUCUGGGUACCUGGGUGUCUCAGUUGGCUGAGCCAGGGACUCUUCGUUUCGGCGGAGGUCAUAUCUCAGGGUUUGCGAUAUCCAGUCCAGACAUGGGGUGACGGGCGGCGUACAGAGGGCUCUGCUCAGAGCCAGCUUGGGAUUCUAGAUCUAGCUGUCUGCCCCUUCCCGCUUGCAUUCCCUCCCGUGCUCUCUCUCAAAAUAAAUAAAUUUUUAAAACUCUAAUUUUCAAGAAAAAAAAGAGACUUCUAAAAUACCUGAGAACAAACACUUUAAUUAAAAUUGCAAUGAAAUUUGGCAGUUAAGGGCUUAAGCACAUACAGGUCCCACUGGUAGGUCUCAAAGACAUUUGGAUUUGUAAUUCAUCUGGAGAGGUGUGGAGUCGAAUAUCAAAUUUAAGAGAGAGACAUUAAUCAACACCCAUUGACGCAGAAACUUUUAUUCCUUUAAAGCAACGUGCCAGCGCUCCGUCCCACAGCCCAAGGCCCGGCGGGGAAAGCCUGGAGUGCAGUGCAAGGGAUGGCGAGAAGUGACAGUUGAGUGAAAAGUCUGAUGACGAGUUAAUACCGAACAGCACAAUUCCCACAGGACAGUGUUUAUUUCUUUUAAUGUUGACUUUAUUUUUGAAAGAGAGAGAGUGCGAGCGAGGUAGGGGCAGAGAGAGAAGGAGACAGAAUCCAAAGCAGGCUCCAAGCUCUGAGGUGUCAGCACAGAGCCCGAUGGGAGGCUCCAACCCACCAUAGGGAGAUCAGGACCAGAACCAAAGUCAGAGGCUUAACCUACUGAGCCACACAGGCGCCCCCCGCCCCCCAGAACAGUUGCGCGUGUCGCAUUCUAGCGUCCAUCACCGACACUGACCACCCCGGCUUUUACUUCACUAAACAAGGAGCUGUCACUAUCCGGGUCUCAGUCGAUCCACGAGGAUCCCGGGCGCCAGGUCCCCACACUGCUCCGCCUCCCCCCUAGAGCGCAUGUCCACCGCUCUCUAAAAACUUUUCUCUCACCCCCACCGCAACCCGCCCCCCCCCCCCCAAUUGCUUCCCCAGGCACCGGGCUCAACUUGUGAAAUACCGCCGCUCCCAAUAGAAGCGGCCCACCCUUCCCCGAGGUUGCACCCAGCCUGGCUCGAAACGACACCAGCGGGAUUGGACGGAAUCCAAAAGCGGAACCCGAAACCGCGCGGCCGGAAGAGAAAACAGGCCCGCAGACGCUAGGAGGAGAGUGGUGCGCUGGACCCGCCCCACCGGAUGUGUCCUGGACACGCCCCGGCACCGCCCCGCGGCGCACGCGCGUGCGCCAUUUUCUGCAGCCCCGGAAGCUGAUCCAGCAGGGCAACGUACGCUGUGGGUAUAACCUUACUUGAGAAAGAAGACCAGAAGAAGGGGGAAAAAAGAAGGAAUGGCUCUUUUCCAGGCACGGUUGACCUUCAGGGAUGUGGCCAUAGAGUUCUCUCAGGAGGAGUGGGAGUGCCUGGACCCCGCUCAGAGGGCCUUGUACAGGGACGUGAUGUUGGAGAACUACAGGAACCUGGUCUCCUUGGGAAGCCUUUCUGCUGGAUUUGCACUCAUGGAAUUGUCACCAGGGGAGGACAUUUAUAAAGAAGUAUUUUACCACUUAGUGAUAUUGGAGAGAAAUGAAAGCCAUGGCAUCAAGGAUUUUGGUCUCAAGGAAGUCUGGGAAAAUAGGCAUGAGUUUGAAAAUCGGUGGGGAGAUGAUGCAAGAAAUUACAAAGAAGUGCCUUUGACCCAUAACAAAAAUCUCACUUGUAGGAAAGAUCAGCCACUUAAUCAGCCCUCAGUUACUCUUCCUGAAAAGCAGAGUGUUUCUGUGAGAAAAAAUACAUAUCAGUAUGUCUUGAAUAAUGAACCAUUCAUCAGGACUUUGUUACAACAGGACAGUAAUGUAAGUGGUUCUGGAAACCAGUAUAUAAACUGCUUGGAAAAUAGAAUUGGAUUAAGUUUGCAGGCACACCUGGAUGAGCUCCAGAGGUUUCACAGUGAGGAGAAAAUGUAUGAAUGUAAUCCAACUGAGAAGUCUGUCAGCAGUGGUUCCUCAGUCUCACCAUUUGAAAGAAGUCCCAGGGCCCAAAACAUUUGGAAUAAAUCUAGGAAAGUUUUUCAUUUGUUACCUGCACAGGCCAGGAGAGCAUGCACUAGACAAAAAUCUUAUCAGUGUACUGACUGUGGGGAGGGUUUUAGCAAAACCUCAAACCUCAUGAGCGAUGAGGGUAUUCUUUCUGGACAGAGACCUUACAGAUGUAAUGCAUGCAGCAAAGCCUUUGCUGAGCGUUCAAGCCUUACUCAAGAUAAAAUCCAUAGUGGAGAGAAACCUUACAAAUGUAGUGAGUAUGGCAAAGGUUUUAAGCAGUGCUCACACCUCUUUAGACAUCAGAGUACACAUCCUGGAGAAAAACCACACAUAUGUGAUGUGUGUGGCAAGGCUUUUAUCAGAAGCUGUAGGCUUAAUCAACAUCGGAAGAUUCACACAGGAGAAAAACCUUAUUCAUGUAGUAAAUGUGAUAAGGCUUUUCGCACGCGUUCUCACCUCUCGGGUCAUGAGAGAACUCAUACUGGAGAGAAACCUUACAAGUGUAGUGAGUGUGGCAAAGCCUUUACCGAUGGUUCACAUCUUAGUCAACAUAGAAAAAUCCAUACUGGAGAGAAACCGUACAAAUGUAAUGAGUGUGCCAAAGCGUUUACCCAAUCUGGAAACCUUACUAGGCAUCAGAAAAUACACACUGGUGAGAAACCACACAAAUGUAAUGUGUGUGACAAGGCUUUUAUCCAAAGUUCAAGCCUUAUAGCACAUCAGAGAAUUCAUACAAGACAAAGACCUUAUAAAUGUAAUAAAUGUGAUAAGGCUUUUAUCAAACAUUCACAGCUUUGCGGACAUGAGAGAACUCAUACUGGAGAGAAACCUUACAAAUGUAAUGAGUGUGGUAAAGAGUUUACCCAGUCUUCACGCCUCUCUACUCAUCACAGAGUCCAUACAGGAGAGAAACUAUAUAAAUGUAACCUAUGUGGCAAGGUCCAUAGUCAAAUUUCAAACCUUGCAAAUCAUCAGGAUAUGUAUACUGGAGAGAAACCUUACAAAGUCAAUGAGUGUGCCAAAGCAUUUUCCCAAUUUGGAAACCUUACUAGGCAUCAGAAAAUACACACUGGGGAGAAACCACACAAAUGUAAUAUGUGUGACAAGGCUUUUAUCCAAAGUUCAAGACUUAUGGCACAUCAGAGAAUUCAUACAGGAGAAAAGCUUCCUAAAUGUACUAAAUGUGAUAAGGCUUUUAUCAAACAUUCAGAACUUUUACGUCAUGAGAGAACUCAUACUGGAGAGAAACCUUACAAAUGUAUUGAUUGUGGCAAGGCCUUCUCAUGUAGUUCACAUCUUACUCAGCAUAAGAAAAUCCAUACUGGAGAGAAACCGUACAAAUGUAUUGAUUGUGGCAAAGCCUUUGCGAUGCGUACACGUCUGACACAGCAUAAGAGAAUCCAUACAGGAGAGAAACCUUACAAAUGUAAUGAAUGUGGUAAGGCUUUUACCCAACGUUCACACCUUUGGAGUCAUGAGAAAAUUCAUACUGGUGACAAACCUCACAAAUGUAAUCAGUGUGGCAAAGCCUUUACCCAGCCUUCAAAACUCACUAGACAUCAGAAAGCCCAUACCGGAAAGAAAACAUGUAAGUGUAACAUAUGUGGCAAGUUGUAUACUACAAAUUCAAACUUUGCAAAUCAUCAGAGAAUCCAUACUGUUGACAAACCUUAUAAAUGUAAUGAGUGUGACAAAGCGUUUACCCAAUUUCAGAGCCUUACUAAUCAACAGAAAAUACACACUGGCUAGAAAUCACACAAACAAUAUGUGUGUAACAAGGCUUUUAUCCAAAUGUCAAGCCUUUUGGCAUUUCAGAGAAUCCAUACAGGUGAAAAUCCUUGUAAAUGUACUAAAUGUUGUAAAGCUUUUAGCACAAGUUCAAACCUUUUUGUUCAUGAAAGUACUCAUACUGGAGAGAAACCUUACAAAUGUAGUGAGUGUCGCAAAACCUUACUGAGUGCUCAAAUCUUACUCAACAUAAAAAAAAUCAGUACUGGGGAGAAACUUUACUAAUGUAAUGAGUGUGUCAAAGCGUUUACCCCAUUGGGCAACCUUGCUAAGCAUCAGAAAAUAUACACUGGCAUAAACCACACAAAUGUAAUGUGUGUAACAAGGCUUUUAUCCAGUGUUCAAGCAUUACAGAAGAUCAGAGAAUUCAUUCAGGAGGAAAACCUUUUAAAUGUAAUAAAUGUGGUGAAGCUUUUAUCAAAUGUUCUCACCUUUGGGGUCAUGAUGGAACUCAUACUGGAUAGAAACUGUACAAAUGUAUUGAGUGUGGAAAAGCCUUUAUGGAGCGUUCACAUCUUACUCAAUGUGAACCUAAUAUGUGUGGCAGUGCUUUUAUUCAAAGCUCAAGCUUUGGGAAGCAUCAAAGAAUUCGUAGGAGAAAGAAACAAAUGAGCAAGUGUUCAAGACUUGCUCAGUAUCAGAUUUCACCAUGGAGAGGAACCAUAUGAAACUAACAUAAGUGGGAAAGCUUGUAACCAGGGUUCGUACCUCACCUGAUAGAAUAGAAGCCUCUGAAAGAAAGCACACACUAGGAAUGUAUGACAAGGCUUAUCUAAAGCUUAUACUUUGGGGAAUGUAAUUUCUUCUAGAGAGAACCCUUACAAAUAAAAUGAGUGUCAUCUGGGUUAUAAAAAGUGUACAAGUUGGGGAUGGGUUAAAACAGGUGAAUGGAGUUAAGAGGUACAGACUUCCAUUGAUAAAAAAACAAAAUAUACAACUUUGUGCUUUGUGGUCUAGAAAGAAUUCACAUAACAUGGAAACCAUAUAAAUGUGUCAAAGUCUUUACGUCAGCAUACACCAAAGAAUUCUUACUGGACAGGAACAUUAAAGAGUAAUGAAGGCGAUAACUUUGCCAAUUCUUCAAUGGACUACAAUUUAAAACUUCAUGCUAGGGGGACCUCGGUUUGCUCUGACAAUUAACCAAUCUUAGGUGUUAAAUUCCAGAAAAUAAAAAGUAUUUAAAACUCA